AUGGGGAAUUCAGCUAGGAGAAGUACAUCGUUGAUGCCGUAUCAGACACCUAUAUCGACUGGAGGACAUCAGAAAGCCAACAGAGGAACCAAAAUUGUUGAGCGCACUGUAGACGGGUAUCGUCAAUACCUCACCUAUUUCCAGCGCGGAGAUGGAACACGGGAAGAACUGGAGAGAAUUGCUCAAGAGACUCGAGUCUACAUUGUCACUGGGGUAUUAGAGCGAUCAGGAGGUACUCUCUACUGCUCUGUGGUAUAUGUCGACCCGAUGCAAGGCAUCGUUGGGAAGCGGCGCAAAGUUCUCCCCACAGGAAGCGAACGGCUGAUCUGGGGCCAGGGGCAGCCUCGCUCCCUCAAAGCCGUGAGCACAACCAUCAAAGGCGUCAAGAUUUAUCUUGCUGCCGCUAUUUGUUGGGAAAAUUACAUGUCCCUAUUACGACAAGCCCUAUACCAGCAAAACGUGAACCUAUAUCUUGCUCCGACGGCUGAUGGCAGGGACACAUGGCUGUCACUCAUGCAGACCAUUGGAUUCGAAGGGCGAACAUUUGUCGUGAGCGCCAAUCAAGCGGUCCGCGAUGACCAGCUGCCAGAGUGGAUCACCGAAGUAAAGCGAGAGGGCAGGUUUAUCAGCGGCGGAGGAUCCUGCAUCAUCUCUCCAUUUGGACAAGUUUUGGCCGGGCCGAGCUGGGACAGGGACGGCGAGCUCCUGGUUCAGGGGGUGGAUUUCCAAGAGUGUGAGAGGGGGCGGCUAGACUUGGAUGUUGCUGGAUCAUAUUCACGAAACGACUCGUUUCACUUGGAGGUCAAGAGACUCGAUCUAUUUGCACCUCCUUGA